AUAAUGAGAGAACAGCAGAAGGGACUGAGAGGAGCUAAGCAUGAGCACAGAGAAGCAGCUAUGCAGAUGGAAUUUGACACAGAAGAAUAAAGUGGCUGGACUAAAGAACUCGGUGUGCUCAGACUCAUUUACUGGCCCUCAGAUCAAUCUCCUAGCCACGUGUAGUUUCUGUUCUGGACCCUGGUAGAAAUCUCCUCAGGGCAGGCUCUGAGGAGUUCUUGAAUCUAAAACAGACUUCAAACGCUCUUCUAUACUCUGCUUCACCAGAGAAGAGAAAACAGACAGUGCUGGUCCUGGAAGAAAGCUCUGAGAAUGCCCUGCCAACCCUGCGAUUCCAGCAGUGGCCAGGAGCCCUUCAAGCUUUUGCUGUCUCUUUGGAGCCAGCUGGAACAGCUGACACACAAACUGUGUCUUUUUCUCCAGGCUCAUUUCCACACAAUGGCUACCAGUGUUGUUUUGUCUUAUUGAUUUUACCAUUACUAAUACUGUAGGGGGUGAAAACAAGAGGACAGGAGCACAGAGGUCACAGCGCACAUGUGAAGGUCAAAAGACAACUUUUCAACUCUCGCCUACCUCUGGGAGUUCCUGAGAACUAACUCAGCCUUUCAGGCUUGUGUGACAAGCCCUGUUAUAUUCAGUCAUCUGGUCCUUCCAGUACGAGUUCUUAGGGUCAAAGCCUCUGUGCGGGCAUCCCUAACAAGCCAGGCCAGGCCAACCAUCCUGUGACUCCCCAGAGAACUCCCUCCAUCACACCCAGUGAUCAGCCUCCAGGGCUCACUUCUCACCACGCCUGUGCCCUCCAUAUACCAUAUCUUCCCAGAUACUGACAUUCUUAACAUCAUCAGACAUGGGCCCAAGGCCUCCCUCAGAAUGUAGGUCAGCCCAGGUCACAAGCAUCUUCCUUCUAGCCCCGCCCACUGCAUCAUAGACAGGCAGGGGAGCUAAAUUGUGACUCGCCACAGAGUUCAUUUUCUUCAAACCCAGGGCAACAGUGAGUGUUGACGGCAGAGGCUGGUGAACUUCGAAGGGUAUUUAUCUCAGAGACAGAUUGUGCCAAAGAUAUCUUGUAGAGAGAGAGUGCGGGAUCGAUCAGUGACAAAGUCCUUGUCUCAGGAGCGUGAGAGGGAAAAUGAAUGGCCAAGCGCUUGGCUCACACAGAAGACUGGAUAUUAUUGAAAGCACCCCAAGGUUGAGCAGCCCUGCAUUUUGGUCAACCACUAGGGCACAUUUUGCUUCUCAGGAAGUUAAAAACCUCCGAAUCUCCCAAUCCAAGAGUAGAAGUUUAGGUGCUCCAUGGGUUAGCCAAGGAGAUUCACUUCCCCUUUUCCAGAAACCAAAGAAAGGAGAACAUCACCGCCUACAAGUAUGCUCUGCAGGUGAGUGCUGGGACCCCGCCACUGAAGGCUCUUCCUUAUUGCCCAUCACAGAGAUGUUACCAAGUGGCUUUGUUAAACGUCUGGAGUUAGGGACCAGAAGAGGCACCUGUACAAAUCCAAAGGAGGCAUGGACAGAGAAAAAUCUUGAGGCAACAGCAUCAACAGAGACCCAGGGGAAAGGGAGGCCAAUGGUCUUCCCUAAUCAGGUGAAUAAUCAAGGACAAAAACCUCAAAACCCACAAGGUCAGGGUCAUAAGGACCUGUGGAAGGACAUAAUCAUAAGAUAUGGCAUUGUAUCACCAAGGAGAGGCCUACACAUGGUGUCCCAAUAUCCCAAACUAACUGGUAAUCUUGAAGGACACGUCCUGGAGGGAAGAAAGAUCCACCUGAAAUCAAGGCAGGGAAGGUUGUCCCCUUGUAGUUUGGAGGAGAGCCAGGAGGAAGAAGUACAGACACCCAAGAAGGGGAAAGCUAAGGGUAAGAGAGCUAAGAAAAAGGAGGCUCAGAACCAGUUCUCAAGAGAAAAGGCAUUCCUCCAGAGAAAACUGGAGGAGCUGGGCCCAAUGCCUGUGGCAGGAGUUAGUCUGCUGGACAAGAGAAAGACCCAGGCCUUGGAACUGCCAGCCCAAGCCCAUCAUUUGAAGUCAGUCCCCAGAGCACACAGAGGGGAUCUACAGCCAUUGGAUCAGGAGGACAACAAUAAGGAGACCACAAGAAAACCGUCAAAAAUGGAGAAAAGAAAGCUAAGGAUGGAGUGGUGGGAUCCCACAGUCUGGGGUGGCCCAGUCACAAUGGCUGAUCGUGAACAAUCUCCUCGAAAAACCUGUUCAGAAUUCCACGGUGACCCAAGGAAGCUGAGCUUCCCCACAGGCAAACUGUAUUAUCAAAACACUAUUUUUGUUUCUCCAGAACAUUAAAGGUCUUCGUUAAGGCCCAAGACUGUGGUUUCUGGCCAGGGCUAUAGUCUGCUGAAAUCCAAAGGUCUCCCAGACAACUCCUACAGGGCAUCCUCCCUUUCUCCUCCUGUCUCUCCUGGUUGGCCCUCCUGAGACUGUCCAUCAUCUCUCUAGGGAUUUCCUGGGACAUCACUCUGGUCUUUGGCUCUCAGUGUAACCGGCGCCUCUUUUCCUCAUUCCUUCUGGACCCUCUCUCAAAUGCCUGGUUGUGGACUCUGGUGGAUAUCUCAGCAAAGGCUGCAGCAGGGCCAUGGCAGGGCAGAGCCCGGAAGACAGAAUUCUCAGUUGUUUACACUGUUUGUCGGUCUCUCCAUGAGCAGACUGCAGAGUCAGGUCUGCUUGGCCACUCUGAGGCCUUAGGAAACCAGACUGAUGACGUGGUGCUAAUGAGUCCCCCGACCAAGGGCUGUGGCUGCUGAAGCUUGGUUACUACUGCAUUUGGAGGAGGCCAGUGCCUUAAUGCCACCCAGGAGCGUGGAGUGGAUGGACACACCAGGGGCAACACAGCACAGGUGGUGUCCUGGGCCACCUCAGGCUGAAGAAGCUCCCUGUCCUGGCUUUUAGCUUGAAGUGAUGGAGCACUUUGCAAACCCAAUGGGGUAAAAAAAAAAAAAAGAAAAAAAAAAGAAAAGGAAAAAGAAAAAGAAAAGCUGAGAGCACUGCCCAUAUGCAUUCGGGCAGGAAGCGUGCCUUAGGCAGAGGUGGUCAUGGGUCAGUUGCAUCUACCCACUCCCACUGACCCCACGAAGCCAGGGAUCUACCAGCUGUGAUGACGGAGGCAGCUCAGGCAGUGGAUGGAUGAAGAGCUGAGACUGUGGCAGGCCAGCUCCUCACGGUGAGGGGCGCAGGAAGGAAUGGACGUGGACACUGCUUGUUUCAGAAGGAAAUGGUAGAAUGCCAGGGCGUGGCCAUCAGGGGAUUCUUCUAAACAACUCAAGUCCCUAUGAAGCCUAGCCUGUCACUGAAUGGGAUAUAUGUCUAUGUAGUUGUGGAUGAUUUUGGCCUCCUGAUCCUCCUGACCCCACCUACCAAGUGCCAGGACACUGAGCUGUGCCACCUUGCCCACUUUCUCUGAUUCUGGAGGUGGAACCCGGGCUUUCUUGCGUGGCAUGCCAACACCCUUCCCACUACACCACAUGCCCAGCAACCUGUCUGGUAAUUCUCGCCUUUCUGCAUUUACACAGCUGCCAGGGUAAGAGCCUGGUUCCUGGCACCCCUGAUAAGCCAGUCUUAACACCCUGUCCUCAGCAAACCAAAAGACACAGUGAAGUGAAGAGAAGAAAAAAAAAACAAACUCCUUUUCAAGUGUCAGCACUGAGGAGACAGGGACACAACUCCACCGUCACCCUCAGCAGCCCGGGGACGUCCCCUAGAGCCGUGCUCUCAGCCUCGUAACGCUGCGACCCUUUAAUACGGU